CCCGGAUCCGGCACGAGGCCGGGCGGAGCGAUGUGCGAGCAGGCGGCGCGGUACUGCCGGGCCGGCGUGCACAAGCUGCUGCGGAAGCCGGCGCCGGCGCUGCGCGGGCUGGACGGGCUGCUGCGCUGGGUCGGGGCCAGGAUGAGCGACAAGGGCGUCGCCGACAGGGAGCUGCUCACCUCGGGAGCCUCCGCGCAGAGGAAGGGCACCUCCGUCAUCCUCGAUAUUUUUAGAAGAGCUGACAAAAAUGAUGACGGGAAGCUGUCCCUGGAGGAGUUCCAGGCCUUUUUUUCCGACGGGACACUCAACGAGGAGGAACUCGAGAAGCUCUUCCACACCAUCGACUCAGACAACACGAACAAUGUGGACACCAAGGAGCUGUGUGACUAUUUUGCUGAUCACAUGGGAGACUACGAAGACGUCCUGGCCUCACUGGAGACCCUGAACCUCUCCAUCCUGAAGGCAAUGGACUACACCAAGCGGGUGUACGAGAGCGGCAGCAAUGUGGACCAGUUUGUCACCCGCUUCCUGCUGAAGGAGACGGCCAACCAGACCCAGUCUCUGCUGAGCUCAGUGGAGAGUGCCGUGGAUGCCAUUGAUGAGCAGACCAACCCCUCCAGGCAGUGCCCUGGCCCAGCCAGCCUCGCCCUGACGGAGCCCUGGUACGACAGUCCUGUGCCCAGCUACAUACCUCCCGGCCGGGUUGUGCCCCAGGGCCGUGGGAAGAGCAGCCAGAGUGGUGCCCCUGAGCGCAGGCAGGAUGGGCUGGAGGGGCAGAUCGGCAGGCUGGCCGCGCUCAUCGGCAAGCUGGAGGACAAGACUCUCUGGUUUGACCUGCACCAGCGGCUGUCGGACAGUGAGAGCACAGCUUGUGCGUACCUCCUCCUGGUGCGGGACGAGAUGACAGUGUCACACAAGCACCUGGGCGAGUUCUGCAGCUCCCUGAAACAGUACCUGAAGAGCGUGGCUGGAGAGCGGGACUGCUUCCAUGUCACUGCGGUCAAGCUGCCUGAUGGAGUCACCUUCAUUGUCUAUGAGUUUUGGGAGACCGAGGAGGACUGGAAGAGGCACCUGCAGAGUGCCACUUGCAAGGGCUUCCAGCACGUCAAAGUGGACGCACUGAGCCAGCCCGAGGCCGUCUCCAGCGUGGCUGUGCCAGCUGCCUGGUGCACCCUGAGCCAAGUCUGACAGUGCGAGGACCUGGCUGUGCCCCCCAGCCCCUGCCAGACACCUGUUGCAUUGGCUGGGGCGGGGGGGGAGGGGAUGAUUGUCACCUGUCUGCAGCAAAGGAACCCCCCUUGUCCCGUACCAGCAGCACCUCACCCUCUG